GAAAAAAGCCGAUAUGGCGGUAUGGCCGCUCUCAGGUUUCUUUCGGGUUUGGAUCUCUUGUACCUGAAUGAGUUGGAAACUGAAGUUUUUUCACUAGCGCGCUUACACAAUUUUUAAACGAGACCUUUUCUGCGAAGACAAGUAUAUCCGCGAUGAAUCCCUCAGAGCCAACCGGCACCGAAACUCUCAGGUACAAUGAGUUCACAUUGGAUGACACUGAGAUAAGCUCAAAGAUGAAAGAUGUGAUCGAUGUUCUUGCAAUGCAACGUGAAAAAAGGAAUACAUUACAAAAAAGCAUUACAAUCGAUUAUACCAAAUCUAAUGAUAGCUUUACGGUUUCACGAUUUAUCUUCGAAUGCGGUUUGAAAUUGGAAGCUCACCCACUGACAAUAGCUACCGCUGCUACGCUAUAUCAUAGAUUUAUUAAAGAAGCGACACCACAGGGAUAUGAUAAUUAUCUUUUAGCUGCAACUUGUCUUUAUCUAGCUGGUAAAGUAAAAGAUGAUACGCUAAAAAUACGAGACGUAAUGAAUGUAUCUUAUAAUACACUUCAUAGAGGAUCUCAGCCGCUUGAUCUUGGAGAUCAGUAUUGGAGUAUGAGAGAUGCGAUUGUUCAAGCUGAACUUUUAAUCAUGAGGAUGCUCAAAUUUCAAGUUACACCUGUACAUCCGCAUAAGUACAUGCUUCAUUAUCUACGAUCUUUGCAAGCUUGGUUUGGCGAAGAAGAAUGGUCUAAGUAUCCUGUCGCCAAAACAAGCAUGGCACUGCUGCAAGAUUUUCAUCAUUCCCCAGCUAUUCUUGACUAUUCACCGAAUUUAAUAGCAAUAGCCUGUAUUAAUUUGUCAUUGCAAAUUUAUGGUGUGGUUGUACCUUUGAUGGAUGAAUGCGAUCAACAGCCAUGGUUCAAUGUUUUCUGUAAAGAUUUAGCGAGGGAUAAGUUAUGGGAAAUUAUGGAAAAGGUCAUGGCGGCAUAUGACGAAGAACCUGAAACGAGAGACAACUAAUAAGGGUGUAUCUGUAUCUAUUAUAAUAAUAAAGCGGUUUGCAAGUUGUCGUAUUAUAGCAGACUUUUUUAUAUAAUUAUAUGGAGAGCAAACUUUUAAAAUUUAUAAUUUUCAGAAAACGAGAAAGAAAACUAUGCUUUAAAAAAAUAAUAUAUGCUAAUCAGUAGCAUAUGAACUGUUAACCAAAUUACUAAACAUAAACAAUUGCAAAAAAUGUUAAACAUUGUAUUUGUCUCUAAUUAAAGGACAUAAAUGCAUUCGAUGUCUAGGUCUUUUCAGCAUAUAAAUUAAAGAUGAAAAAAUGAAUAUUCCAGAGUAGCUUAUACGAGUCUUCCAACAUUACACCAUCUCUAACUAAAAAAAUAAAAUUUUCGGACAAAACAUUUUAAAAGUCUGCUCCUUCAUGUAAGUUGUAUU